AUUCAAAACAGCCAUUUAAAAAUAUUUUUAACUGUUUUGGAAAUCUGUUAUGCAAAUAGAAAAGAACAACAUUUUAAUUAUUUAAACAAGUCAAACUCCAAUCCAUCAACCAUCAUGGCAACCUGUUGUGGAAGAGAUAUUCAUCCUGUAGUUAAAAAAGAAUCGGUUGAAGCAGGCUGCUGCGGUUGUAUGGUCAAAAUCGGUAUUAUUGGUGGCAGCGGCUUAGAUGAUCCGGAUAUAUUAGAGGGUAGAAAAGAAAAGACUGUUACUACACCUUAUGGCGCUCCCGCAGAUGUUCUUAUCGAAGGCACGAUGAAUGGUGUACAAUGUGUACUGCUAGCGCGUCACGGUCGUGAGCAUGGCAUUAUACCCUCCAAUGUUCCCUACCGGGCUAAUAUUUGGGCACUGAAGGAAGCCGGCUGUACGCAUGUGCUGGUAAGUUCAGCUUGUGGUUCACUGCGGGAACAGUUCAAACGUGGAGAUUUAGUAAUACCUGAUGAUGUCAUCGAUCGCACAACACAACGCAUUGAAACUUUUACGGAUGGCAAUCCUGGGAGUCCACCUGGUGUAUGCCAUUUACCCAUGUCACCUGCUUUCAAUGAAGCUACGCGCCAAGUUCUUAUAGCUGCAACUAGAAAACUAAAUUAUAAUGCUCAUGACAGUGGCACAGUUGUUUGCAUUGAGGGUCCACGCUACUCCACAAAGGCCGAAAGUAAAAUGUUUGGAAUGUGGGGUGGUGAUUUAAUUAAUAUGACUAUAGUACCCGAGGUUGUACUGGCCAAAGAGGCGGGCCUUUUAUACGCUGGCGUAGCGAUUGUAACUGACUAUGAUAGCUGGCGAGAUGGAGAAGAAAGUGUAAGUGUUCAACAAGUUGUAGAAACUUUCGCUAGCAACGUUAGUAAGGUGAAGAAUAUACUGAAGGAGGCGGUUGCAAUGAUUUCUCAACAGAACUGGACGGAAGAAAUACAAAAAGCGAAGGAUUUGGUGAAAAAUAAUAAUCAGGCACUCAAGUAGACCCUAUGAGGAAAGGUCAUUUAAAAUAUAAUAAAUGAAGCUUGAAAAGGCUCCUUCAUUUGCAUAACAUUUCAUAUAUAAUAAAUUUUCAGUAUUUAAACUUUUCGGAGAGCUACUUUCAAAAGGUAAAAUACGUCGCUAAAACAAUUCUAAGAGAAACAAAUAAAUUAACAU